ACUACGCAGAAAUUAGUGGCCGAUAGAUGAUGGGCCUGCGUAAAUGCCAAAAAGACAAUAAAUUCAAGUUAAUUUUUUUCCUCGUUUCUGAAUAAUCCGUCACACAGUUGUCUGUUAUCUACUCUUGUUUAAUUCUGUCGCGCCUGUAUUUGUAGCAAUUGUUUUCUUUCUGUCAUUCUUUCAUUCUUUCUUCUGUGUCUUUUAGAUUUUUCAGAGAGUUGUAAUAUAGCCGAGAUCUGUUAGUAAUGGGAGGAGCAGUGCUUGAUGGGUUUCAUCCCAGUUCUCCAAUGAUGAGGGGAAAUCCAGCGGAACUUGACGGCCAAUUUGAAGCCAAUGAUCUGCCUAGCGUGGAGAAGAUCGAGUGGGAGAAUGUUAAGGGGCUUGCAGAUCAGCAGAGGCGGGCAUUAAUGAGACUGAGCUCUCGGGGAGUUUAUUGGAAACACCCCUCAAAGUCAUCCUCUGUAUCUGCUCUUUAUACGCUCUUUCAUGGCGGUGAUGUGGAAGCCGAUGGGAAUUGCCUCUUUACAGCAGCGCUGAAGGCAAUGCGGCUCAAAUAUACGCCUCAGGAUUUGCGGAAGAGGGUUGUGAAGAGAUUUAGGGAGGAUUAUGAAAGGGGUGUUUGUUUGAAGGAGGAGACUGAUUUGGUAAUAAAGCAUUUGUAUGCAGCAGAUCUGAAUGAUGGGUGGGGGGUGCACAUUGUGCAGGAGGUGAAGCUGUUGGCCGUGAAAGCCGAUAGAGAAGCUCUUGAUGAAUCCAUCAGUGAUCUCGUUCGAGUGGGUGUUUCGAGAGAAGCUGCUGCCGAGGCUGUCUACAAGGAAAGAUGCAUUGCUGUAAACGAUGGUAAUAGCUGGGCCAAGUACAUGUCUGUUACAGGGAAUGCGGAUGAUGAAUAUGAUAUAAUCACCUUACAGUACACUCAAGAAGGUCUAAUGAAUGUGGAGGAGAAUAGGGAAGGCCAUGCAGCAGCAUUUGGAGAUGAUAUUGCCAUUGAGAGUUUAGCUACAGAGUUCAAGCGAGAAAUAUUUGUGGUUCAAGCUCAUGGAUCUGAUGCCAUGGUAGGAGAAGAAAAUUGUCUCUUCUUUCUUCCGCAUAGUCCUAGAGAGGAAGUGUUCGGGCCUCCUGUGUUCCUCUUAAUGAAAGGCACAGGGUGGUGUGGUGCCGGUGCUGAUCACUACGAGCCAUUGAUUGCCUUUGCUGCACCAGUGGCCUCACAGGAGAAAGCUGCUAUUGUUUUGUGAUAAAUGUUGAGGAACUUAGUUUGAAAUGUUAGAGGAUUGCUCAAUCUGUUUUUGCUGAAAACUUUCAAUGCUUUUGCUGUGGAGCCAUUUUUAAUUUCCACAGAAGGUUCUUUGUAUUUUUUUUUCUCGGCUCACUUCUUUGUGAGACUUCUAUCCGCAGAAAGUAUUCACAGAGGUUCUUGAAGCGACAAAUAUUGAGAAGAUUCUUCAAGAGUUUUAAGAUUUUUUGGUUUUAAAAAGUUUUGGGCGCUGAAAAAAUUGCACAAUCUGCUUUCUCCACAAUAUGCUUUCAGCCUUUCUGCAAGAUUUGCAACGGAAAAUAUUUUUUUUCCAGUGAUUUUGAAGAGAGGAAUUGUUUUUAUUGGGGGUUGGUAGAAUAAAAGAGUGUAGCUAUGGCUCCAAAAUUAUGGGGCAACAUUCUUUUAAACAUCGUGGGAGUGACAUUGUAUUUUGAAAGUGGAAUUUCAACUAUUGAUGAAAGUUUUCAAAUUCCUUGGAGCAUAUCAAUAUCAAUUUUUGAGUUGGAACUUUUGAGUUGGGGAUGGUUCUCUACUCUAUACUACUACUGAUUUGGAAUCAACGUUCACUGUUCAAUGUUAAUAAGUUUCUUGUAACUGGGGUUUUAUACAUCUUUGCCGGUUGCCCCAUUAAUUUAUUCAUACUUUCACAA